UGGAUUUUUUCUAGUUAAAAAAAUAUUAAAACAGUUUGCUACUAAUAACAAUUUGUAUUAAGUAUAAUAUAAUUAGAUUUUUAGUUUUCUCUUAUCCGUUGUUCAUGGUCUUGUUGACCCAUGGAAGAAAGAACAUAAAAGUCGUAACCGGGAUAGAUCAUAAAAAAGUGCAAUAUGGUGGAAUUUACUGAUGAAUUUGUUGACAAAAUUGCAUUAGAAUGUAUACAAUCGUUUAAUAAAAUACCGAAAAUUGGCAGACCCGGCGCUGGAGAGUGGACAAUUUUAUCAUGUAUUGUUCAGUUGGAUACAACAACCCAAAGGUACGAAGUUGUAUCAAUAGGUACUGGUUCGAAAUGUAUUGGAGCGUCUAAAAUGUCACCGGAAGGGAUAAAAGUCAACGAUUGUCAUGCCGAAGUGAUUGCGAGGAGGGGACUGAUGUUGUAUAUUUAUGAAAACAUAGAAAAGGCAAUAACUAGUACAUCACCACAGGAGUCGAUAUUUGUAAAAGAAAAUGGACGAUUUAAAUUGAGAGACAAUAUUGAAUUCAUAUUUUAUUCAUCUCAAAUGCCAUGUGGAGAUGCUUCUAUCAUACCUAAAUCGAAUGAAAAUGAAUUUGGGAAAAUCGUAACUUCGCGUAAACGUGACGCUGAGGACGAAAAUAAUGAAAUGGAAAGUAAAAAAUUAAAGAUAGAUGAAGAUGAUAUUCAUAGAACUGGUGCAAAAUGUUUGCCGCAAAAUGAACAGGAUCCUAAGGAGCCAGGAGCAAAAUAUCACUUGUUAGGACAGGUGCGGACAAAACCAGGAUUAGGUGACCGAACUCUGUCUGUGUCAUGUAGUGACAAAAUUGCUAGAUGGAUUCAUGUGGGUAUCCAAGGAGCUCUUUUGGAUAUGCUGCUAGCAGAACCUCUUUAUAUAAAACAUUUUAUCUUUGGAGGCGGAGUGCCAUUCUCUAAGGAAUCACUUGCUCGUGCUUUCUUACACAGAAACAGGGAAGAACAAAUAACAGUACCUGUUACUCCAUACAUUUAUCAAACGUCAACUAUUUUCCAUAUUAUGAAAUGUGAACAGAGACCCCAGCCAUCACCUGGAAGCAUUUUAAUAGUUAAUUUUGGUGUAAUUGAGGUAGUGGUACAUGGUAAAAGGUUGGGUGUGACAAAGAAAAUGGAAAGAACAAGGAAAAUUGCACUGUGCAUAUCAAAAUAUUAUAUGUAUCGCAGAUUCUUGCAUAUAUUGCAAAAUGAUCCAAGUUUACGAGAAAAAAUUGCAGAUGGUGAAUUAGAGAGUAUACCUUACAAUGUUAUGAAGAAGAAAUCUCAACGUUAUUAUGAAAAUUGGUAUAAAGUGAGAGAUAAUUUUUUCAAAUCAUGGACAGUUAAACCUGAUAUGUUUUCUUUCUGUAUAACAACCAAAGAGUUAGCGACAAAUGCAGUUGAUAUUAAGAAAAGAAGACAUUGGUUGGAACAUGUAAAAGCUCUAUUGGUAUGAAUAUUGAAGCAGUUAAGUCAUAUACAGAAUUAUUUAAGAAGUCAUUAAGAGUCUUUCUUAAUGUAGAUUUAGUGAAGUCUAAAAUGGCUGGAUUGAUUUUUAAUUGUACUUGGACGGAAGUUAUCUGAUGUUUUUUGGAAUAAUAGGCUAGUUUUUUCUUCACUGAUAAAGUUGCGUGAAAGGAGACAUGAUCAAGAAGGGAGUGAUGACUGAGAAGAUGUAUGAUGAGAGAUGUGGAGGACAAAAACCUGUUGCGCCGACCUUACGGGAGAAUGGUAAGGAGGAAGAUGAUGAUGAAGAAGUUGCGGGCGACUACAUUAGUCUGCAAUAAAAUACUGUGUAAGAGAAACAAGUCUCUGACUGGCUGAAAAAGUGCGGCUGUACAAUAAAUAUAGAUUUAAGUUAUAAUUUUAUGUUAGUUGUUAAUGGCUCCAUUAAGGCAUUGUGUUUUAGUACUACAUAUUUAGUUAAUUACAUAAUGUAAUUGUGGUGUACGAAAUAAAACACGGGCGUUAGGUUCGAGAUGUAUAAUCCGACUAACUUAAGAAUGUACAAUAUUUGGUAUAACCCGACCGCUGAAAUAUAGGUAACCUAUGUCACAGUAAUUAAAUAAGUUUUAAAUGUAUGGUAUAAAUAUAUGUAUUAUGCAAAAACAUUCACAUUAAUAA